CAGCUGUCAGACUUUGGCCACCCUAAAAGUGCAGGUUUUGUUAGCAAACUAACUCGAAGUGUACAACCCGCGCCGACUUUCUUUAAAGUUGUGCAUUUAUCUGCGGGUCGAUCUUUGAACGCGUUAGCCGCCGAGUGAAGCGCAAAGAUUGCACGAAGAAGAACCGUUUCGUUUUUAUCGUUGCUAGUUUUUUUUUUUUUUUGCACAAGCCAGCGAUCCUGAGCGGGUGUACGGCUUGAUGCAGGGAGGGAGGGAGUAGAAAAAGGCAAAAGUCUUUGUGCUUCCCUUCCCCCCCAUCAAAGCAAAGGGGAAAUGUCUCUGUCUAAAGGAGGGAAGAAAAAGAACCCUGGGCUGAAGCUGGCCAAAGAAGUGUUUGCACAGCCUGCACCAGCAGCAGCAGCCCCCCCUCGAGAUCUUGACUCUAAAGCUUGUGUUACUAUUGGAGAUCAGAACUUUGUGGUGAAGGCCGAUGACUUGGAGCAGAUUGCAGAGCUGGGGAGGGGAGCGUACGGGGUGGUGGACAAGAUGAGACAUGUGCCCAGCGGGGUUAUCAUGGCUGUCAAGAGGAUUCGUGCCACAGUCAACACUCUGGAGCAGAAGAGGCUCCUGAUGGACUUGGACAUUUCCAUGAGGACAGUGGACUGCUUCUUCACCGUCACCUUCUAUGGUGCCCUCUUUAGAGAGGGCGAUGUCUGGAUCUGCAUGGAGCUGAUGGACACGUCUCUGGAUAAGUUCUACAAGAACGUUAUUGAGAAGGGCAAAACCAUCCCAGAGGACAUCUUGGGAAAGAUCACAGUAGCAAUUGUCAAGGCAUUAGAGCAUCUUCACAAUAACCUGUCAGUGAUACACAGAGAUGUGAAGCCCUCCAAUGUUCUGAUCAACACUGAGGGCCAAGUGAAAAUGUGCGACUUCGGCAUCAGCGGCCACCUGGUGGACUCGGUGGCCAAAACAAUGGAUGCAGGCUGCAAGCCCUACAUGGCGCCCGAGCGGAUCAACCCUGACCUCAACCAGAAAGGCUACAGUGUCAAGUCGGACAUCUGGAGUCUUGGUAUCACGAUGAUUGAGCUGGCCAUUUUGAAGUUCCCCUACGACUCCUGGGGGACCCCGUUCCAGCAGCUCAAGCAGGUGGUGGACGAGCUCCCGCAGUUGCCAGCCGACCGAUUCUCCCCAGAGUUUGUAGACUUCAUCUCCCAGUGCUUAAGAAAGAAACCAAAUGAGAGACCAGCUUAUACAGAAUUAAUGCAACAUCCAUUUUUCACCCUGCAUGACUCCAAAGACACAGACGUGGCCAGUUUUGUCAAGGUCAUCCUGGAUGACUGAUGUGCUCCGACCUGGCUCCGCCUUCAUCAGGGUAGGCGGGACUUCUCAGCAAAACAAACCAAUGGCCUACCUAUUUUUUUUUUCUUUUUUUUUUUCUUUUUUUUAACUCACUGGAAUGACAGACUCUCAUGCACCCGCACACAACAGGGAUGGGGUGGGGAGGGGGGGGGGAUGACCCAAAGACUGACAGCAACAAGGCAGCACUGGAGCAGGGGUGUGGCGGUAAUAUGAACUUAUACGGUAAAAAAAAAACAACAACAACUGGAGAGGUUUUAAUUUGCUCCUCUAAGCUUCCUAUGUGCGCCAUCAUUCAACACGACAGAUAUGAACUGAACCCACUUUGGUUUUUUUGUCCUUUUCUUCUUCUGUUUUUGCCCCCCCUGCCCUCUUUUUAUCUCUCUCUCUCUCUCUCUCUCCAUAAAACGGACAGAGCCAGCCAUUAUUUCCUUCUGAAGCAUAUUGUAUAAAUACUUUGAAUUUUUGAAUUUCAUCUGCAAAACCAUCAGUUAAUGUUUAUGUUGUUGUGUAUUGAAAGCUAUAUUUGCAUAAUGCGUUUGUAUGUUUUUCUCAUUAUACGGAGUUUUUGAUACUGUAUCUCUUCGACAAGUGUGAAUUUUACCGGACUAGGGGCCUUAUUCGUCACAUUGCAUCAGGUGAGCAGUCCGACCUGCUUCUGCUCUUCAUCGAUUCAUUCAGCGCUCGGGCUUCAGAACAAGCCUUUGGGAACUCCAGCAGAGACAAAUGCGUAAGAAAUGUCGAGAGGUCACAUUCUGGAUGGAAGAAGUCGCAAGUCAUUCCUAGAUCUCUCGGUCAUGAGAGGCAGGAAUGCGAAGUGUCCAAUGUCAUCUGAAUAUUGAUCUGAGCGGAGACUCCUCAUGCAGUGACCCUUUCUCACUCUUCUGUCUUUUGGUAUUUACAAGUCGGCGUCAGUACUAGCAUCGUGGCACCCUGGAAGUAUUCAGGGUCGUCUAAUUGAGCUUACAGCUUCAUCUUAAUCUCUGUGCCAUUCUUCAAAUCGUUCUCAUGAAUUUCUGCAUUAAUUGUAUUUUUUUCUCUUUACUUUUGGACUUUUUCUGUCCUGCAAUUUGAUUUGAUUUCAGCAGCAUUUAAAUCUUUAUUUUUUGUCUAUUUUUCUCAGUUCUGGAGUCAGCAUGGUCUUUUCAUACGAGGCACUUAUCUUGAUGUGUUUUCCCCAGAUACCUUAUUAUUAUGCAUUACACAGACAGUAUGUUAGGGAAAUAAUUUAUGUGUUGAAGAUGUAAAUACUUUCUCCUUUUUUUUUUUUUUUUUUUUUAAUGUAACAUGGCACUGCCUCAACCUAGCAGUGCUGCUGAGUGGUAGAGUGGUUGGUAUUAGUUAGUUUUAAUGCAGUGUGACACGUCAUACACAAACACUUGGACUUGCAGGGCCAGCUGACUGUCAUUCACCUACUUUGGACUGAUGUGCUGUCAGGCGCCGCCGCUCAGGUUUCUUCGCUCCCCCUUUCGUGCGGAGACGACCUCAUUUUAUUUUUCCCUAGGUCAUACUCUCCUUGAGUGCUGGACCGAGAGCCUCUUUUCAGUCCUUGGUGGGCAACCAUUAUCUCUUCUGUGUGACCAUACUAUGCAGAGCCUCCUCGCCUUGGACACAAAGCGAGAGGUCUUUUGCCAUGUGGCAGGUUUUUUUUUCCCGCUUCAAGUGUUCAGAGACUGUGAUGAUGGUGGUGUUGAGGAUAGUGAUGAUACCUGCCAUGCAUGCGUCUGUUCAUGGCUAGCACUCAUCACCUCUCUGGUUUACACUGUAGUGCGACCUUUAUCAAAAGUCAGUAAGUCAGGAGUAUUUAUGAUUGUGAAUAAUAAGGGAAAGCUAGCAACACCACAAAGAAGCUGCUGUACUUUCUUUUCUUUUUUGGUUUUGUUUUUAUUUUCCCCUUCCUUUUUCCUUUUUUGUUUUAGUCGGCCUUCUUUGGAUGGCCAUUCCCUUGGUGUGUAAAAGUGAGUUUUUACGCUGAUCACAAUGAGAAUGGAACACUUGCUCUACCUCUUACUCCUUCACUCUAUUUUGCCACCUUUUCAUUGGGUGGGACUGACAAACUUGAACUAUGGAAAGACAAAAAAAUAAAGGCUUUAUUGUUCAGAA